UAAUAUCACUGCUCCCACCACAACCGCCUUCACUAAUACCACCGUGACCACCAACACCAAAAAUCAAUUAAUAACACCAUUAUUAACCACCACCACCACCACCACCAGUACAACAACAACAACAAACACCUCCUCAACACCACCACUAGCACCAUCCUCAUCACCUCCGCCACCAUCUCUACUAUCAAAACCACCUCUGCCAGCAUCAGCCCUUCAUCAACAAAACACGUGAAGCUGUUUGUUGAGCAGUUGUUUGAGAAGAGUACAGCAAGCUGUCUGCAUGUUGUCAGUAUUGAUAACAUUACAGCUCUGUUAUUAUCCAAAACCACUUACAUCCCUGAUAUUGAAGCCUCUAUGACCCUGAUAUUUAGGGCCCUAAGUUCCAAUAUUCUUGACGUCUGAACCGUUAUGUCUCUGACUUCUAAACCCUUAAAUAUCCCAACAUUUGAACCUUUACUGUUCUGAUACCGAGAUAACUUCUUCUUUGGAGUGACAAGACCUGUAUUGAUAUAGCAUCACCAUACUAUUGGUGAAUUGCGCGUACGCAGCAGAGAGCUCCAUUUCACGAAAACUUACGCCUUUAUCAGUUAUCGUACCUCGAAGUCAUAUGCGAUACUCUUUGGACCAAAACGCAAAUAUUAGCUAAAAGUCUACACGAGGAAAAUUUGCCUGGUUAGAAACCAAAACAACAAGGAAGACAGAUAAGAGUUUAUCCAAUUUGACUAAGACUAAAACCUAAGCAACAUAAAAUCAAAGUCCAUGCGAUAGUGUGAAAGAUUGUAAUAAACCUGGAAAAUCUAAAGAAACUACAGCUUAAAACAUCAAAAAGAAGCAUUAUGACCCUGGUUAGUCAAAGUCGUUGUUUCGUUUGCAAUAGCUGGUACAAGUAGAAAGGAAGAUCAUGUCGUUUGUUUGGGGCGAUGAGGAAUGCUGGAAACAGCACAAAAGGAAUGGAACGAUACGAAAUACUAAUAGCAGACGACGAAGUAGACAUUACAACCGUGAAUCGGUGGACGGAAGUUAUUGUGAUAGAUUGAUCAGAAGAGAACAAUACGAUACUUGGAGAUCUGGAUACGGAUUUGAUGACGACGAGGAAGAAGAGCAGCUGCGCCGUCACAAUCAACAACAACAGCAACAACAACAGCAGCAGCGUUUCAGGCGGAGUCAAAAGAAAAGGAAUGGAAUACACGGCAGUAUAUCGUCUCUUCCCAUCCUGCCAUCCUCGUCACUGCGGAGUAUCUUGAAGUCCUCAUCAUCUGCAGAAAAUUUAAUCAAUAGUGAUUAUUUAGACAAAAGAAGUCGAAUUGAAGAUGAUGUUGGUGCUGUUCCUCCGGGGGUAAGGGUCUACUGGAUGAGAGAUCAACAGUUGCGGAAAAGCAUCAAACGAGGCAAGAAGGUUCAAUUCCACGAAAACUCGCAAGCUAAUAAAAGAAACAAGCAAUAUGCACGGAGGAGUAAUGACAUCACUUCUGACGAAGAAGAAAGCGAACUGGAAUCUAUUUUCCGCAGUGAUGAGGAAGCCUAUUGCAGGAAAAGACCAGCCAGGCCAGUUUUCAAAAGAAAUGUUAAAACUUUUUCGAAUGGAACAGUGAAGUCCCACUCCAAAAGUCAACAGGAUUCCCCUAAAAGUUCCAGAACUCAGCGCAGUAGCUUCAAAGUUUUUAACGAUGCUGGUAACAGCCACAGAAAUAAUGUUCCUUCAAAUACCAAAGAUCACGUUCGUACUCAACAAGAUCUAAUUUCUGCCGCUAAAUCAGCUCAGCAGGAAAAAUGUCCGUUCACACGUAGUUAUACAAAGAUGGCUGCUGAUACAAAUGAAGAUAUUGUCCAGUUCAAUGCCCUCCGUCGUAAGAGCAUACAUAACAUCAAUUCGUUCGUACGCAGCUCUGCUAGAUGUUCCCAACGCAGCAAUUUUGGCAACAGGACAUCUCAACGAAUGCAACGCUCUGUCGCCAAUCCACGCUCAAGCAUCCAUCACUUUCCCAAUCCGACUUCAUCAAACCAUGUUCAUCUGCAGCAAAUAUUCAACCCCAACAAUCGCGAUUUCGAUUACUAUGACGAUCAGCCACAGAUUCCUGUUCGUUCUUGCAAGAAACGCUCCUCAAGCCGUCAUUUUCACAAUAGAAGCGGUUAUAACAACAUCGAUAACAAUACAAGUUAUUCUCAAAAACCUCAUUACAUGGGCGAUAUAGAAAAUGAAGAGACCGCUGACUCGCUGGUACAGAUUAAUGUCGGAAAUCAAAGUAAUACUCCAUUUCAAAGAUCGUUUUCAACAAGGGAGUAUGGUUCAAGGCGAAACACAGAACGAAACAGUCAUAACCGAGGCAGUAUGAAGCACAGGAACCACGGACAACAGGUCCAUUUGACUGAUACAACAGGAUUACCCAACGAUGCAACUAUUUCUAAUAGACAAGAAGAAACAUAUAAUCCUAAAGUUUUACGGAAUUCUAUGCGGAGAAAAUCCUUGUUUAACCCAUUACCAAAUUCACAUUUUAUGCCUGAAGCAGAUGAUUUUGAAACUGAGGAAGAUCAACGAACUUUAGCAGAGGAAAACUGUAACAGCGGUAACAUCAACAGCAACGGUAGCAAUAUGAUUGGUUCUAAUAAUAGUAUGACUAUCAAUAACAACGGGUUUUGUGACAGUGGAAGAGGGGGUGGGCUCCGUGGUGUUGAAGAUUGUAACAGAAAUAUUUCUUCGAUUACUUUUGUACCUGGUAUCUCACCAACUGAAAGUGGUGACGUUAAAGCAACACCAGAAGAGCUCCCUUAUUGUCCAUUUUCGAGACCAAUCAUCUCAACUGAAGAUAAAAAUGUCGUCGAUCCAACCGAUAAAAUGAUACCUGCAGUGGGAGGAGAACGUGAUGGGUGGCCGUCUUUGGCAAGACCAUUGGCGGAAGAAGCUGUCGCAGCUGCGCUUCGUCGUUCUGCAAGACAGCGACGAAGCAACAAGUAUUUAUCUGUUAAAUCUGACCUCAGUGGUUCCUUAAGGAGUUCAGAAGUCUCAUCUGAGUGUAGAGGACGUCAACAGAAACCUCUUUCCGAAAUAUUAGCAAACUCAGGAAGCUCAGUCUCUGUUCCAGAGCAACAAAAGCAGCCAAAACAUUACCACCAGUCUUAUCCAUAUUUAUCUCCUGUGACCUCUGUUUAUCAAUCAUCGAAACAGACUCCUGACGAAUCAGAAUCCUUUAAUGAAUUCGUUCAGAACCAACAGGAACAGUUUGAUCCGACAGAAAAUUCAUUUCUUUUCCAAAGAUCUUCAUUUCAGCGAGACACAACGCCCACAGCUGCCACUUAUCGCCCUUUGCCAUCGAUACCAUCACUGGUUCCACCUUUGACAGAAAUGUUUCCCCCAGUUGAAGAGGCUACUACAUUACCUCAGUUUCCCCCAUUAAAUUGUGACUAUAACUUGCCUCUUGGUGUUGUUAAGCCACUGCCCAUUGUUCUGACUCCGCCGCAAAUCCCACCUGAUCGUCUUCCGAAACCAGUUCGAAGAUCAGAGCUAAACCCUCGGUGUGACUCAAACGGAGGCCUCACUGUAACUUCAGACCCUAAUGUAGAGGGCUCAAAGGAAGUAGUAUCGUCAAGAACUGCCGAUGGUAAAGAUGGAAAGGAGAAAGGGAAAAGCGACAAGAAAGACCGAAAGAAGAAGAAAAAGAGGAAGAAGAAAAAGAAGGAUAAAAAGAAGAAAGAGAAAGAAGAAAAGAACAAGAAAGAAGAGAAAGAAAAGAGAGAGGAGAAGGAAAGGGAGAAGUUAAACAGGGAGAAAGAGAAGAAUAAGAAGAAUAAGAAGAAAAAUACUCAUGAGAAAAAAGUCGUUAAAAAUGAAUCCAAGUCUGAGAUAGGGGACAGUGAUGGCAGUGAUGCCUACGAGACUCCACCAUCUUCUUUGAGAGAGAACAAGAGUUCAGUACGGCAUCAGGUGAAUAGGUCAGAAGGAAAAGAGACAAAGACAAAGAAGCGUAGGAAACAGUCGAAAGAAAGAAAAGACUUGAGGAAGAAAACAGUUGGGGGUAAAACCGAGCAGCAGAGAAAGAUUUCUUCCUCUGAUGGGGAUCUUUGUGAUGUUCGGGAUAACAGGUCAGAGGACAAUCGAAGUCGGAGUUUCACCCGUUUGACGCGUAAAAUAUCUCACCGCGUUGGUUCUUGGAGUAAGGAACUCAGGCGGUUCUUGAGCUUCAAGGUGGAAAGGUCACCUAGUCCUUGUUUACGUUUCACUGAAUCUAACAGCGAUGAUAGUGGAGAAAAUUCCGACAAUGGCAGCAAACGGAAAUUACAAAAUGCCAAAGAACCACUUUGCGUACAAAAGUCACUGAGUGACAUUUCCGACGCUUUAGAAGAGUUAGACAAUCUGGACAUCGAAUUAUCUAAAAUCGGUGACGGUAGCUGUGAUGGCGAUGUCUUAAAUUUCUGUGACGAAGGUAAAACUACUCAGAUAAUGAACUGGCUGCAUGAGAUGUAUUCCACAAACCCAGCAGACUCCAAAAUAUCCUCAGUAAUGGCAGCUACAACGGUCGCCACACAGUUUUAGAGCGACUCUAUGGGAAGAUGUGCGCGGAGAAAAAUUAUAUAAAAUAACGAUAAAGAUGGUUUCAAAUUUAGACACGAAGCCAGUAAUUUGGAGGGAAAGGGGUUAGUCGAUGCCAUCGGCCCCAGUGUGGGUGUGUGGUCAAGGAGUUUGCAGCAUAAUUGCGUGGGCUCCGGUUCGAUCCCACUGCGCAAUGCCUUUGGCAAGUGUCUUCGACUCUGGCUUCAGUUUGACCUCUACCUUGUGAGUAAAUGGAAACUCUGUGGAAGGCCUUCGUUUGACCUGUGCGAGUGUGUGUGCGCGUGAGUAUGUAUUAUGUAUGUAUGUAUGUAUGUAUGUAUGUAUGUAUGUAUUUAUGUAUGUAUGUAUGUAUGUAUACAUGCAUGCAUGAGUGUGUGUGUGUGUGUGUGUGUGUGUAUAUAUAUAUGUUUACGCAUGCACACGUGCAUAUAUGUUCAUAAGGGCGUUCUCUGGGAAAAUGGCGCUGUAUGAAACCCCAAAUAAUUUUGCGUGUCACUUGUUUCCAUUUACGUCCAGUUAGCUGACUUUGUCUUUCUUUAUCUUCCGAGGUCAGUGAGACACAUAUCAGCUAAAAGUAUUGUAGUCGAUUUAACCGCUAAAAUCCCUUGAAGUCGGUGCAUUAGAAUGGCUGCAGUUCUACGACUGAAACUAGUAAAAGAAUUAAAGAACGUACCGUCUGCAAUUGAAAGUGCAACACCAACAAAAAUAAAAAAUAAAAAAUAAAAGAGACAAAUAGAAAAAGUUUAAAUGUUCGUGCGCGCGUAUGUCAAGUCUCAGAUUUUCGUCUGUGAUAAGAAAUUUUAUUUAUGAAACCAUUAACGUUUUUUGUUUUUGUUUCAAAUCUAUGCAUUUUGAAAUUACUGAAAACGAAAGCCCGGAAUCUAAGCAGGAAACAGAAGCAAUUUUGUGUUCAGGACAUUAUAAAUUAGAAAAUUUGUGAUGCCAGCUAAUAACAUUCUAAUGUAUUGGAAACUGAACUCGCUUUGUUAGUUUCAAAUGUUCAGAAUAUUGUAAUUUUUGGUUAUUAUUAUUAUUAUCUACAGGUCAUGUUCUUGUUUAACCCCAAUUCGGCCCGUUUUUUCUUAAGAUCAUAGAAUGAAGUCUGAAGAACAAUAAGCUGCUAUUUCUAGCAGAUAAAGCAGCCACAUAUAGAUUCUUAUUCGUCCUAUGCUCAAGUGUCAUGACAUGUUGAGUCUAUAAGAACUUCCAUUUCAUUGGAUUGAAUCUAGCUAAGAAGAUCAAGGGAGAUAACUGUCGUUGACUGCCGUACAUCGAUGGUCACGUAUUGUCUUCGUUGGUGCUGGUUCGUUUCAUUUAUGUUGUAAUUGUUAUUCUUGUUAUUAUAAUUGUAAAAAAGAAAAGAAAAGAAAACGAGGCGAUGAAGUGUGGGAAUAGUAAACUACCUCAUAAAAGUCUCAAGAUGAAAAGAAUUAUUAUCUUUUUUUUAUUGACAAGAGUGGCUGUGUAGUAAGAAAUUUGCUUCUCAACCACAUAAUUUCGGGUUCAGUCCCACUGCGUGGCACCUUAUAGCCUCGGGCCAACCAAAGCCUUGUGAAUGGAUUUGGUAGACGAAAAUUGAAAGAAGCCCGUCGCGUAUAUAU